AUGCCUUCGGUCCUCUAGGGAGGAUUCACCGAGCUCCAUUGAAGAAUGGAGAAGGAUGAGCAGCAUCAGCAGAAGGAACAAGGGAAUGAUCGCAAAACCCUAAUCCAGAUCCCAUCCUACCAAGAAGUCUUCCAACCCUCUUCCUCCUCUGCUCCUCAAUCCUACAACCCUCCCACCACCUCCAUCUCCACGUCGGCCGCAUCCUUCUCCGACGCCUUCUCCUUCAUCAAGGCCUCCGAAUUCUACACCCCUCCUCCCUCCUCCAUCCCCAGCAACAAUUCAGAUUCCCAACCUUCUUCCUCUUCUUCUUCUUCGGUCCCUCAGAAUCGGAAUGCGAUCCUCGUGAGCCAGCGGCAGAAGGGAAAUCCGUUGCUGAAGCAUAUCAGGAAUGUGAGGUGGGUUUUCGCAGAUAUAAUCCCAGAUUAUUUGAUGGGGCAAGGUUCUUGUGCUCUUUAUUUAAGUCUCCGCUAUCACCUUCUUCACCCGGAUUACUUAUAUUUUCGAAUAAGAGAGUUGCAGAAGAAUUUUAAGCUUCGCGUUGUUUUGUGCCAUGUUGAUGUGGAGGAUGUUGUUAAACCACUACUUGAAGUAACAAGGACAGCAAUGCUUCAUGACUGCACUCUUUUAUGUGGCUGGAGCUUGGAGGAGUGUGGUCGGUACUUAGAGACCAUAAAAGUUUAUGAAAACAAACCUGCAGAUAGUAUUCGUGAGCAAAUGGAUACCGACUAUCUAUCAAGGCUGACUCAUGCACUGACAACUGUUCGACAUGUUAAUAAGACUGAUGUUGUUACACUUGGCUCUGCUUUUGGGUCACUUUCAGGAAUUAUGGAUUCUUCUAUGGAAGAUUUAGCUCGAUGCCCUGGUAUUGGUGAGCGAAAGGUAAAACGUCUUUACGAUACAUUCCAUGAGCCAUUUAAACGGGUGUCCAGCCGAUGCUCUGUUGAUGUGUCCGAAGCUCAUGUCCGGGAGAAAGACACUGAAGAAGUGUUGCCCGGGAAAAGCAAGAGUUUAGUAGCAGAGGGCGAGAAGUUGGAUGCAAGCAAUGACAGUAAAGUUUCUAGUCCAAAUGUGAGAUCAGCAUUGACUGCUGCUUUCGCCAAAUACGCCGACAAAGUACAAAAACCAGAUCGGGGAGAAAGUACACAGUUGUAAGUCAGGAUGGUGGUUUCCCAUUCCCCUGACCCCCAAC